AUGACUUCACAACCGUGGGGAACAAUAACUAAGCCGCCGUUUGAACUAGGGUACCAGAAACUAGGUGAGGAAGAGAUAGACAGUAUGGUCGAACGAUUAAGUAGACCGAAAACAUCACCGGUGGAAAACAAAAAGCGACCGCGGCCGGCGAUCGAGAAACGAAAAUUGACCAGUGACGACAUCAACGCAGUGGUUGCUAGGUUGGCGCAUAAAGAAACCAACUUGGAGAAAACACCCGAUACUCGGCGGGUGCAUCGUUUCAAAAACGAAUGGGGAGCUGCUCUGAAUUCCUAUGCUUGGAAUGGCUGCAAUCACCAAGCUAUACUUUGUGGGGAAGAAAGUCCGUAA